AUGACUACUUGGCAUCAGACCUCCGUGCCAAGCCUCGCAAGGAUGUUGAACGAGGCUCUAAAUCAUGCGCUAGCAUCCAAAGCUCCAUCCGAGAAGAAAAGAUGCCUCAACAACCCAUCCCAACUCACCCAUCCAUCCACCCUCGUCAUACAAACCAUGGCUUCACCAACAGCAAUCGCACCGCCAGGCACCACUCACGCAAUAAGACCUGUCGAGGAUUUCAUCCGUGAAUCCGCUAAACGCACACGUGAAGUGUUCGCCUCCGAUUUUGGGAAUCCGUUCUUGCUGGAUGAUGACACUGCCCGCAAGGAAUCCAUAAGCUCAAAAAUCCGCCUCGAAUACGCAACAGUGCGUGAACUCCCGCCUGCGCUUGCGGCAAAACAAGCCGCAGCGAAAAACAAGAAGCGCAUUGGUGGUGGUGUCGCUCCGGUAGUUUCAAAACCGCUAUUGACGGAGGUGGAUGGUGUGGAUGGGAGCACCAUGAAGAUGAUCGAGGGGGUGACUGCUAAAGCUGGAAGUACGUCAACGUCGACGUCGUUGACGAUACGGGGGCGUGCGCCAGCCGGCAGUGGUGCAGGGGUAGGAGGUGGAAUGGGGACGGGGACUGCGCAGAGGGAAUUACCGGGCAGCAGCCUAGUCCGUAAGAACAACGCCGCGGCCCAGCAGAUCAAGCCGAUGUGGCACCCGCCCUGGAAGCUCAUGCGCGUAAUCUCCGGACAUCUAGGCUGGGUCCGGGCGCUCGCCGUGGAGCCUGGGAACCAAUGGUUCUGCACCGGCGCCGGCGAUCGAACCGUGAAGAUCUGGGACUUAGCUUCUGGCAGCCUCCGCCUGACGCUAACAGGUCAUAUCUCCACUGUACGGGGACUAGCCGUGUCCCCGCGCCAUCCGUACCUCUUCUCCUGCGGCGAGGACAAAAUGGUGAAAUGCUGGGACCUCGAAAGUAAUCGUGUGAUCCGCCACUACCACGGCCACCUCUCUGGUGUCUACUCUCUCGCACUCCACCCGACGCUUGACGUACUCAUCACAUCGGGCAGAGAUGGCGUAGCUAGAGUCUGGGACAUGCGCACGCGGACAAACGUCAUGGUCCUGUCCGGUCACCAGGGUACUGUAUCAUCCGUCGUCGCACAGGAGGCGGAUCCCCAGGUCAUUACUGGAUCUAUGGACUCUACUGUGCGUCUUUGGGACUUGGCUGCGGGCAAGAGCAUGGCCGUGCUCACCCAUCACAAGAAGAGUGUCAGAGCUCUUGCUACGCAUCCGAAGGAAUUCACAUUCGCUAGUGGGUCCGCGGGAAGUAUCAAGCAGUGGAAGUGUCCUGAAGGAGCAUUCAUGCAGAAUUUCGAGGGGUUCGGGGGGAUCGUUAAUACCCUUAGUGUUAAUGAAGAUGAUGUUUUGUUUUCAGGAGCGGAUAAUGGAGAAAUGUGCUUCUUCGACUGGAAGUCCGGACAUAGGUUUCAGAAGAUUGACACGAUUGCCCAGCCCGGAUCGCUGGAUGCUGAGCAGGGUGUUUUCUGCAGCACUUUUGACAGGACCGGGCUGAGGCUGAUCACUGGGGAGGCGGAUAAAACUAUCAAGGUCUGGAAACAAGACGGGGAUGCCACGGAGGAGACACACCCUCUCGAUUGGAAGCCGACUUUGCAAAGGGUGAGAUUUUAAACAAGGGUUUUAUGCUUUACUGCGUGUAUAAUUUGCUUUACUUUCCUCAUCGUGUACGAUAGUCAUUUUUCUAUUUUCCGCCCGGGAAAGUCUCCUUGGCUUGUAUUUUGCGUACGAUAUCAUACCAAUUUGGGAUAUCUUGCGAGCGUUUGCUUGCGUGUUCAGACGGCUUGUCACAAUUACUAGCUUGUCGCAGCCGCGAAA